AGGGGGGGUGGCGGAGUGGGUCGACCUGCUGGAAGUUCUUUUGAUGCAUCCACUGGUCGUGUGGAGGUGUGGGAUUCCUCUCACGACGAUGAAGUUGAGUAGUUUCAGUUGCGUCGCUCCACGCUCACACGUGAGAUAGUUGAUCUGCAUCUGCAACAUCUGUCAGGAGACUCAGAUCAGAGUGGCUCAGCCGAAGUCUUUUUUCUUUUUUGGUGGAGAUGAGGUGUUUCUAUGACUUUUCAAAUUGCACGUAGGAGAGAAAAGAGAGGGUCUUCUACCCUGCUGCUGCUGCAGGGAGCAACGUUUUCUUUCCCCAGCUGGGAAUUUGCUUCAGAGAAGAGACAGUGAACUCUGUGGGGGGAAACAGAGCGGUUUUUUUCCUUCUUUCUCUCCAGCACAGAAGCACGGUAGAAAAUGAAGAAGUUUCGGAAGGUACUGGACGGUUUGACGACCUCCUCUCCGGGAGGGACUAUCGGAUCCCCAUCGAGCGGCAGCGCCGCCGGGACUCCGACAUCGGCGCCAACUCCCAAGGAAAUCGACGUCCAGGAGACGCUGGUGUCGGAAAACUUUCAGCUGUGUAAGACGGUGCGUCACGGCUUUCCUUACCAGCCGACUGCUUUGGCCUUUGACCCCGUGCAGAAGAUCCUGGCCGUCGGCUCCCGAACAGGCGGCAUACGGAUACUGGGACGACCCGGCGUGGACUGCUACUGUCAGCAUGAGAGCGGGGCAGCAGUUCUCCAGCUACAGUUCCUCAUCAACGAGGGAGCGCUGGUCACAGCCUGUGCCGAUGACACGCUUCACCUGUGGAAUCUCCGUCAGAGGCGACCGGCUGUCCUCCAUUCACUGAAGUUCAAUAGAGAGAGGAUCACGUUUUGCCACCUUCCCUUCAUGAGUAAAUGGCUUUAUGUGGGGACGGAGCGCGGAAACACGCACAUCGUCAACAUCGAGUCCUUCGUUCUGUCCGGAUACGUCAUCAUGUGGAACAAGGCCAUAGAACUAGCAACUAAAACCCAUCCGGGACCCGUGGUCCAUUUGAGUGACAGCCCAAAGGACGAAGGCAAGCUGCUCAUAGGCUUUGAAAGCGGGACGAUCGUUCAGUGGGACCUGCGGGGCAAGAAAGCCGACUUCAGAAUCUACUACGAUGAGGCCAUCCAUUCCGUCAGCUGGCAUCACGAAGGGAAGCAGUUCAUGUGCAGUCACUCGGACGGCAGCCUGUCCAUGUGGAACCUCAGAAACACCACCAAGCCGUUCCAGGUCACCUUCCCUCAUGGGAAGAUACAGAAGGACGGGAGAAAGGAGUCGUGUAAACCGAUCCUCAAAGUGGAGUUCAAGACCUCGAGGAACAGCGAGCCUUUUGUUAUCUUCUCUGGGGGGCUCUCAUACGACAAGGCGGGGCGCCGGCCCACCUUGACCAUCAUGCACGGCAAGGCCAUCACUGUGCUUGAGAUGGACCAUCCCAUCGUGGAGUUCAUGGCCCUCUGCGAGACUCCGUACAACAACGAGGUCCAAGAGCCUUACGCGGUGGUGGUGCUUUUGGAGAAGGACUUAAUUGUGGUGGAUCUGACCCAGAGCAACUUCCCAGUCUUUGAGAACCCUUACCCCAUGGACAUCCACGAGUCUCCAGUGACUUGCACAGCCUAUUUUGCAGACUGUCCGCCCGACAUCAUCCCCAUCCUCUAUUCGAUGGGGGCCAAACACAAGAAGACUGGCUACAGCCAUAAGGAGUGGCCAGUCGCCGGAGGACUGUGGACGUUAGGCUCCAACACCUACCCAGAGAUCAUCCUUACGGGACACGCUGACGGAUCGAUUAAGUUUUGGGACGCUUCUGCAAUCACACUACAGAUGUUGUACAAGCUGAAGACCUCCAAAGCCUUUGAGAAGCCGAAGCCAGCGGAAGGCCGGGCGGCCGAGAUGGUGGAAGAAGACCCCUUUGCUGUUCAGAUGGUCAGCUGGUGCCCCCACAGUCGCAUCUUCUGCGUGGUUGGCAUCUCGGCCCACAUCAUCCUGUACCGCUUCAGCAAAUACGAGGCCAACGCUCAGAUAGUGUCACUAGAGGUCCGCCUACAAUGUGAGACGGAGGACAUGGUCACUCCGUCUGAGAGUGAAAACCAUCCCUGCUUCUCCGAGGCCGGCUCCCGCUCACCUCAAGCCCACCACCAACACCCGGCCAGCCCGGGCAGCGCCACGCCGGAGGGGAACAGAGACAGCGUGCCGUGCAUCAAGGUGAAGGACCGGAUGGUUCGGGUCCCUCCGGGUUACCAGGCGGAGCUGGUCAUCCAGCUGCUGUGGGCAGACGGAGAACCUCCACAACAGAUAACCAGCCUGGACAUCAACUCGGCCUACGGCCUUUUGGCGUUGGGGAACUGUAACGGCCUCGCCGUGGUGGACUACUUGCAGAAGACCAUCCUGUUGUGCGCGUCGACGCUGGAUCUGUACGGAGCUGCCGAUCCGUACCAACGCCUUACCCGCUCGCCCCGCAGGAACAGACAGUCCACCUCAGAGUUUUGCAUGCGCGGCCUGUCUAACUUUUAUUCAGAUUCAAAGAAAAGGAUCCGCACAUCCUAUCAGAGCCUCACCGAGCUCUCCGACAACCAGCAGUCCGUAGACAUGGAGAGAAGCAAGUCGCCCACCUCAGUUCAUUACCCAACCUCCCUUCACAAUGAGCCCCGCAUCCACCCAGAGCCCGUGGCCAGUCUGAGAGCCAGCCACUGCAGUCCAGUCUUUUACUUGCUGGACAAUGUAAAGGGACCCGGCAGAAAAUUAAGUCUGCCAACAGAUCUUAAGACUGAUCUUGAUCAUGUCAAUGGACAUUGCACUAGCCCCACCUCCCAGGCCAAGCCCCGCGUCCCGAUGGGCCCCGAGGGGCCACGGCUUACCCGCAGAGGCCCUGGCCGACCGCCCUUCCGCAAGGCCCAGUCCGCUGCUUGCAUGGAGGUCUCUUUGCCUGUGUCCCACACUGAAGUAGGCUAUGCGUCCAGGAGGGCAAUGCUUCAGCAGUUUCACGGAGUCACUAUGUACUCCCACGACGAGCACCCCACCAGCGCCCCCUACUGCUGGAGUGAGAGAGAGAGCCGCGAGAACUCCUUCAGCCGCUCGCGCAGCUCCAGCGUUUGCAGCAUCGACCGGGACACCAAGGAGGCCGUCACCACGCUGCAGUUCGGCGAGUCCUAUGGGCGCAAGGGUGACGCAAUGCCCACCCCGUGCCUGUGGGUGGGCACCAGCCUAGGCGUGGUCCUUCUCAUUCCCAUGUCCAUUCCUACCGACCAGGAGGAAAGGAUGGAUGAGCCCGUGACAAUCGGACCCAGCGGCACGGUCCUGAUGCUGAAGGGCUCGGUGUUGCGCUUCAGCUUCCUGGACUGCACGGGAGCGCUCAUCCAGAGCCCCCACGAGGUUUGGCGCGACCCCAACGCCCCCGAGGACCCCGAGCGGCCGCGGAGGCGUAAGCUGGUCAACUUCUCGCCGUCGUCCUCGCAGGACAACUGCGGGGAGGGACACCUGGCCGUGGUGUGCUCCGAGAAGCAGGCCAAAGUAGUGCUGAUGCCCUCGCAGUCCUGCCUCUUCGUCCACAACAUCACCGAGUCAUCCUUUGUGCUGCGAGCCGACGUGGUGUCGCUGUGCAGCAGCGUGUGCCUGGCCUGCUUCUGUGCUAACGGACACGUCAUGACACUCAGUUUGCCCAGUCUGAGGCCGCUGAUGGAUGUGAAUUACCUGCCUCUGACAGACAUGCGCAUCGCUAGAACCUUUUGCUUCACCAACGGGGGGCAGGCCCUAUACCUCAGCUCCCCGACAGAGAUCCAGAGAAUUACAUACAGCCAGGAGAUGUGUGACAACCUGCAGGAGAUGCUCGGGGAGCUGUUCACGCCAAUAGAAACACCAGAGGCCCAGAACAGAGGCUUCCUAAAGGGCUUCUUUGGAGGGAAUUCUCAUAACUUCGACAGAGAGGAGCUUUUUGGCGAGGCGUCGGCUGGGAAGGCUUCUCGGAGUCUGGCCCAGCACAUCCCCGGCCAGGUGGGGAUGGAGGGCAUGAAGGUGGCAGCUAGCGGGGUCAUGGGUGAUCUGGCGAGGGCCCGCGUCGCUCUGGACGAGAGGGGCCAGAGGCUCGGGGAGCUGGAGGACCGCACCGCGCUGAUGAUGACCAGCGCAGAGACCUUCUCCAAACACGCCCACGAGCUGAUGCUGAAGUGCAAAGACAAGAAGUGGUACCAGUUGUAAUAGCAAAGGAAGGGCUGAGGCUGCAUUUCGGACGGCCCGGGAGCUCGUGCCGGAACAGGACUUUCACUCUAUUAAUAAGAGCAUUUAAUGAAGAGGGUCUCAAGAGGGACUUUGUCUUUACGGCUUCUGGACAGUGUCUCAUUGCUGGAGGAAGAGGACAGAUUGGUUCCUUGUCCAGACACGAAUGGAUGAGGACAGGAAGAUGAGACCGAAGAUGGAAUUGGAGAUAUCCAACAAGUCUGUGUGUGUGUGUGUGUGUGUGUGUGUGUGUGCGUGUGUGUGUGUGUGUAUGUGGUUGGGUUUUCUAGACCUCAGUGUGUAGAUACUAUAAAUUUAAGGAAACCAACAAGAAAUGCAUGAAACAAAAAUGGAUGACUAUUAAAAAAAUCCAACUGCCAUAUUAAAAAGCAGCAUGCUACUUUAACAGAAGAUACACAAAUGAAACGUUUUCUUUAAUAAUGCAAGUCAGCAACAGAAACUAUGAAAAACGUUAUAUUUUUUGAAAUAUUGACAAAGAAAUAUAUAUAAAAGGGAACCUUAUACCUGCAUUUCUAUUAAGCCAAAACUAGUAUUCCUUUUCCCUUUUUUCUAUUUUUAUUUUUGGUUCAUUUGUAUUUUAUUCUAAGUUUCAGCAAAUAUGAAAUGCCACAAUAUAGAUACACAUAGUUAGCUUCCUCUUCACACUUAUGCUAAUGCUGAAAUUCUGUAAUUCUUACCAAUUACUCUGGGCUGCACAGUGCGAACACAAGUAGUAUUUAAACGUUUUAUUCACAGUCUAAUCACAAUAAUUUCACUUUUUGGUGGCUGCUGCUUACAAAAGCACUAAUGAUGAUGAGGAAUAUAUAACGUACCAACUACAGUUGAAUGAAACCAUGAACCGAUUGUUGUGAGUCGUAUUCGAAGGCCGAAAGAGUUAAAAGCACCCUGGAUCCAGUGUGUUCGAAGCACUGUUCACGUGCCAAACGAAACAAGACGAGUGAAUCUACUAGCGCUAAACAAAGAGCUGACAUGUGGCUGUCAUCAUUUUGUUUGAUCAGAACAGAUGACGCCAUACUUGGAGUUGGCUCAAGGGCAUUUAUAAAAGUCAAAAAAGUCUGUUUUCUUUGUGCAAAAAAAAAUGAAAUAUGACGGUGUUUUUAUUCAUUUAUUUUUGUUGGGUGUUUGCUGGUCAACAGCUGCCUUUGUUAGACCUAUGAGUUCAGUGAGCCAUAGUGUGUGUGUGUGUGUGUGUGUGUGUGUGUGUGUGUGUGUGUGUGUGUGUGUGUGUGUGUGUGUGUGUGUGUGUCAGAGAGAGCACGAGAGACAACGAGGGCCACAGUGUGAAGCAGCUGACCUCUCUCUGUCUGCCAAAACAAUCGCACACGAUGGACACCCUCCCAUUUCUCUCCACCUCGGACUUGUUAGAAGUUGCGGUUCACGUAGUUUUUUUCGGGGUUAAACUUGAGCGGUCCUCUUUUCAUGAUCACAAUGAUUUUAAUGAUUGUCUUAGUCUUUGUUAGGGGAGUAUUAAGAGGAAUCGGAGUCACAACCACUUAAUCGCUGCUUACUCCCUUGUGAGAUGUUUACCAGUAAACGGGUCUGGACAGUAUUUAUUUCAGUGACGUUCAGAUGUAAGUCAGUAGUUAUUUUCAUUUAUUAUUUUUUGUUCAAUAUUGUUCUUGAUGACUGUGCUAUCCGCUUGUCACAGUCCUAUAUUUGAUGGUGACGGCCUCUCAACGGAAGGCUGUUGUGUGUUUCGCCAUACAUGGUGGUGUAUCAUAUUGUGCUUGUGUUGUACAUGUCAAUGGGUAGCCACACGACACAGGCAAUCGGCAUUAACUGGGGAGGAUAUUUCGUACUCGUGUAUUUGUCUGUGAUUUGAAUCGAUCCGAAAAACCAAGCAGGAUUAUUGAUAUCCAUUUGUGACACCUCGGGCCUUUAUGCAGAAAAGCAUUAAGGUGUUGCGCCUUGGUCAAGUUGAAACCACUCCCACAUAAAAUAUGCACAGCGGCUCCUACGCACAGAACCUAAAAAAAAAAAAGUAAAAACAUCUGCAUUGCUAGUUUCUGCCGAGGGAUUCCUCCGGCUUGGCCUUCAAACCCAUUUGUUUUUCACCAAACCCGAGUCACCUGAAAUCCUAAAGACGUGUCAAACAUCUUUCAGUAUUACACAUGAUUUGAUUUAAUGAGGUGUCUUAAUCAUGUAAAAAAGAAAAGAAAAAUGAAAUGUAAUUCUCUACUAUCUCUGUACCGUCAAUGAGAUUUGUGUUCAGUGCAGUUCUUUCAAUGGCAGAGAAAACACAUUUAAAAAACUAAAAAAAAAACUAAAGAAAGUUUAAAAAAUUGGACAUCUACUGACAGGGUGUUUUGUUAGUAUGUUUUUGGUUUUUAUAUUAACUGUACAGUUCAAUCUUGGCAGAACGGUGAAACAAAACCAAAAAAAAAAUACAAAAGAUAAAGACAUUCUUGGAAUAUUUUCUCUGUAUAUGUUGUACCUGUUGGUACUGUAUCUGGUUUUCUGGCUCCAUCUAAAUCACUGGAACUCUGUAGUUCUUCACACUGUAGUAUCCUGAAAAGGCAUUUCUCAAUGAUGGCAGCAAAGUUUGUCUUAUUUAAAUGGAUUCUACCACUUUUUGUUCUUAUUGAUAUUAUACUAGUGUAAUAGAAAUUACCUGAUAAAAAAAGAACUGAACAUAUGUUGAUGCUAAAACAAACUGAAAUAAACAUUGAUUGAUGUACACAGUUGA